AUGCGUGACUCGGGGAAGAAUGCGUCCCCCAAAUGGACAAAAUCCCGCUCGACGGACAAACACAGAACUGGACCAGUUAUAACUGAUCCGCGCUUCGCCAACAUCCAAACCGACCCCCGAUACAGGCUCCCCAGCAAGAAACAUACACAUGUCAAACUUGACAAGCGAUUUGCGCACAUGCUGCGCGAUGAAGAUUUUUCAAAAAAUGCUGCUGUUGACAGGUACGGGAGGAGGUUGAGGAGGGACGAUACGAAAAAGCACCUGGAGAGAUUCUAUAGAAUUGAUGAGGCAGGCGAACAGGAUGAAGCAAAGGAAGAGGGGAAAUGCAGUGAUGAAGAAGAGAGUAAUAUGAGCGUGGAUGAUGAUACAGUAAUAGAAAAGGAACUGCAUAAGGCGGAUAAGCGGGGUUACGAUCCUGCAAGGGAUGGAAAAUUCUCCGACUCUUCAUCAGAUGAGAGUUCGACUGAGGAGGAUGAGGACGUGGAAGAUGAGGUAGAGGAAGUGCAGUUUCCCAACCAGCAACAAAGCGAUGUACCACUUGGCGAUGUCAGUAGACGGAUCGCGGUUGUCAAUCUUGAUUGGGAUAAUAUUCGCGCGAAAGAUUUGAUGGCUGUCUUCUCGAGCUUUUUGCCACCUGGGGGGAGUAUACAUAAAGUCUCGAUAUAUCCGAGUGAAUUUGGGCGUCAGAGGAUGGAGAGAGAGGAAAUGGAGGGGCCGCCCAAGGAAAUUUUUGCUUCAACAAAAGAGGAUGAAGAAAGCGACCAGGAAGAUAGUGAAUUGGGAAGUGAGGUCUUAGAUGAGGAAGAGGAAGAAGAGAAAAUCAAACAUUCUCUUAUUAAAGAAGAUCAAGGGGACGAGUUUGCUUCCGUCCAUCUACGAAAAUAUCAGCUUGAAAGGCUCCGUUACUUUUACGCCAUUCUGAUCUGCUCAUCUGAAGACGUUGCGAAACAUAUUUAUGACGCUGUGGAUGGGACUGAAUAUAUGAGCAGUGCAAACUUUUUCGAUCUUAGAUUCGUGCCGGACGAAACCGAUUUCUCAAAUGAUACCCCUAGAGAUGAAUGUGACAGGAUUCCCGACGGAUACAAACCUAAUGAUUUCGUUACUGAUGCCUUGCAGCACAGUAAGGUCAAACUUACGUGGGAUGCGGAUGAUGCAAGUCGGAAGGAAACACAAGCAAGAGCAUUCAAGGGUGGGAGGAAGGAGCUUGAUGAGAAUGAUCUCAAAGCAUAUUUGGGUAGCGAUAGCUCUGAUAAUGAGGACGGUGAUGGAGAUGGCGGAGUAGAGGUUAUCGAUGCUACAUCUGGAGAUGGUACAAUUGUGACCACUGCUCAUGUUAUACGAAGCAAAAAGGAGGCUGCGCGAGAGAAGAUACGAGCUUUGCUUGGUUUCAGCAAAGAUAAAACUUCAACGGUAUCCAAGAGUAAAGGGCCGGUCGGUGACAUGGAAAUAACGUUCUCGACAGGUCUUUCCACUGGAACAUCUGGCGGAAACGUGUUUGAGAACGAACCACAGAAGGAGGAGACGACAGCAGAAAAGUACGUACGGAAGGAGAAGGAACGGAAGGCGAGACGAAAGGCAAGAAUGAAGGCCGCUAGGAAUGGUGAGCCUCUGCCAGCGGAGGGCAAUCAAGCCGAAAACAUUGCGCCUGAAGGCUCAAAAGAUGGAAAGGAAGACUUGGGCUUUGAUGAUCCUUUCUUUACUGUUCCUGAACAGGACGCUGCAGCUGCAGCAGCUUAUCGGAGAGAGGAAAGACGCAAGAAACGCGAAGAGCGAGAAGCAGAUGAAGCCGCCACCGCUGCGAAACGUGCUGAGCUUGAACUCCUCAUGAUCGACGACAAAACUUCACAUAUUAAACAUUUUGAUAUGAAGGAUAUCGAGAAGGCAGAAAAACGAGCCCGCAAAGGCGGGAAACACAAGAAGGGAAAGAAAGGCGACAUUGAACAUCCGACGGACGAUUUUAAGGUCGACGUUGAGGAUGCGCGAUUCCAACGGAUUUGGGAAAAUCACGAGUUUGCAAUUGAUCCUUCAAAUCCACGGUUCAAGGCAACAGAGGGUAUGAAGACGUUGUUGGAAGAAGGUCGAAAAAGGCGGCGGAAUAAGGAUGAUGAUGUCGUUGAUCGGGGAUUGCCUGGGCCGGGAAUGGAGAAGAGGAGGAAAGGGACUCAAUCCAAGGAUGUAGAGAAUGUAGCCGAUGCUGGUGAUUUGAAUAAAUUGGUGGAACGUUUAAAGGGAGGACUGAAAGGAUCAAAUCGCAAAUAG